AUGACAUGGAAUAGCAACUGGACUGAAGUAAGCCCAAAACUGAGACUGAAAUCUUUGAAAACUACGGUGCUGCAAUAUAAAGAAAUAAGUAAAGAUGCAUUAAAAGGGAAAAAGAAAGACGAAACUGUUGUUAAGGCUGAUAAAAUAUGCCAGGAUAUUCUAGAUAGAAUGACAAGUACUAGAAGGUUCCCUUGGCUGUGGGCCAGCUUUGUCUUGCUGGUUGGCAUUGCUGGUUUGAUUGCUUAUGAUGUCUCCAAGGCUGGAGGCAACUUCCCCAAAAGUACAACGGGUAGAUUUAUGAAUGAUAUUGGUGUGCUGGAGCACAGCCAAAAGGCCUGGCAGAAGACUCUAUCAACAACAGCCCGUGGAUACAUUUGGCUUGAGACAAAUACUCCGGUGUAUUAUGUGAAAACAAUCGAAGUUUGUAAGCCGUACUUGGAGUUGUCUAAAGAUGUGUUCAUACUGACAAUGAAGAAGGCUUGUAUAUUGUAUGAAAAUAUGAGGGAGUACGUAACUGAGAAGAUUCCUGUGGCUGUAGCAACUAUAGAUCAAUAUGCCCCCGGUUUGAUUGACAAUGUACAGUCUUACGCAUCAACUGGUUUUGUCGCUGUGAAGAAAUAUUUGACGGACUAUUAUUUCUUGACGGCAGAAUACUUCAAGACCAAAGUGUUUGUAGGUGAAUGGGCACCGGAGAUCUUACAGAAUAAAACGCAGCUAGCGUUAAAUGCGACAAAGUUCCACGUGUCGUCGUACUUCCAUUGGUUCAGAGAGCAAGUGAAUGUGUACUCGGAGAUACCCUGAAGGAACGGUGAGUCAGUGUGAUAUACAAAAGACUCGUAUCACAAGUGCAGAAAUGUCUUCUGUAGAAAUAUCUCAACUGUAAGCGAGAAGUUAUAUUAUUUUUUUUUUUACAAUGAAACUGCAAAUCAUGUGAUGUUGAACCGUUGAAUAUUUAGAAUUUUUUUUUAAAGUAUUAAAGUGUUUAUCGUAGUUUAAAAUUUG